AUGACGACCCUAACGCUAAGCUGCUUGCUCAUGGGCGAUGACCCUUAUGCUAACGUUUUUACUGUUGAUAUUGACGACAACAAACUCGUCAGUCAUCUCAAGAAAGCCAUCAAACAAGAGCAACCGCAAACUUUUGCCAACGUCGACUCCAAAAAUCUAAAGCUAUGGAAGGUUAAUAUCCCUCUCGACGAGCCAGAGCCCAACUUGAGCCUUACGACUACAAACAAGUUUAACAUCACCAUUAGGGAAGGACUUCCAGACGUAAAACUACUGUCGGCGUGGGACGAUAUCUCGGACUACUUUUCGGGCCAACCGCCCAAAAAACAUGUGCACAUUGUCGUCCAGCCCGAACCAUCGUCAGGCGUGCAAGCAGAGGCUAAUGAGAAUACGGAAAAGAGUAAUUCGAAAUCAAGCUCGAACGUCCAAACCAUUUCCAACGUCAAUGAAAUCAAUGCUUGCAAGUCUCGUUGCUCCGUCGUCAACAUCUGCCUGCAAUCAAUGGUUAGCACCACCACUGAUCUACCGGAGGAAACGAUGUACGAAUGGAUAUGUAAGAGACUUAAGAAAAUGUUUGGUUCUAAAACUAUUGAAACGCAAGCGCAAGAAGUGAUCAUAGAUGUUUCGCAAAUGGAUCAGAGAAGUCUACCAAUUACGAACGCUAAUGAAACUAAUCGUUGUGACGGUGGAUUUGCACUUCUUAAUUACUGCCAACAAAACAUGGUGUCCACGUCUACUGGCAAAUAA